AUGCAGCUUGCUCUUGGUACAGCAAACUCGCUCCUCGGGAAGGUGCUAAACAAGCUGUCCAGUAAGUUAGUGGAAGCAUGGGUCGCAAGCUCUGAGCUCAGUAGCAACAUGGAAGCUAUCAAAAGAAAGCUGUGGUACACACAUGGCAUGCUGCAUGAAGCCCAGAAGAGAGAUGUGAGGGACAACCAGGGCUUGCUGGUGCUCCUGCACCAGCUAAGCAACACAGCUGAUCAGGCAGAGGAUAUGCUGGAUGAACUGGACUAUUUCCUCAUCCAGGAUAAGCUAUAUAACACCCAGGAGGCUGCUGCAGAGGUUCAUGGUGUCAUCGUUGGUCCUGCUCUUCAUGCUCGCCAUGUUAGUCGCCAUUUUAUUGGCAAAUGGUUCUCAUGCUGCUCGUGUUCACAUGAACCUGAACAUACCCAUGGUGAUGAUCCCAGUGGUGAUGAUGAUGUAGACAUCAUUAAAAGCCCACCAAGGCCUGUUUUCAAUAGAGUGAACAUGUCCAACAGAAUCAAGAUGUUGGUAGAGCGCAUGCAAGAUCUAUGUGAAUCUGUCUUGGCUCUGUUAAAUCUAAACAUCUCCAGCCUUGCGCAUGACAGCACAGUUGCUCUGAGACGACCUGUUACCACCUCAAUGUGUACAGAGGUCAAGCUGUUUGGGAGGAGGACCUUGCUCAAUAAAAUUACAAAUGACAUGACUGCUGGUGAAUAUCAUCUCGAAAGACUCUCGGUUCUUCCUGUAGUGGGUGCUCCUGGCAUUGGAAAGACAACAUUGAUUCAGACUUUAUGCAAUGACCCAAGAAUACAAGAACACUUCUCCAUCAUAAUUUGGAUUGGUGUGUCACUUAAUUUUAGUGUGCACAGGCUCUCUCAGGAAAUUUUCAGGUGCAUACCUCCCACUGAAAGUGAUGGCAGAAGCAGAGCACAGGAGCCAACAAAUUUGGAUCAACUUCAAAAAUUAAUUGAAAAAAGAUUGAAGUCAAAAAGGUUUUUAGUCGUCUUGGAUGAUAUGUGGAGAUGCAAAAGUGAGCUCGAUUGGAGAACACUAUUAGCUCCAUUGACAAAGGCAGAAUUGGACGGCAACAUGAUUAUAGUUACAACAAGAUUCCAAAGUAUAGCAGAAUUGGUGAAAACUACCAAUCCAGUAACUCUGGCUGGCUUGGAGCCUAAAGAAUUCUGGAAGUUCUUUCUUGCAUGCAUAUUUGAUGACUACAGAACAGAGCAGGACGAGGGUUUACUUCAAAUUGGAAGAAAAAUUGUAGAGAAACUGAAAUGCUCUCCUCUUGCUGCCAGAACUGUUGGUCGAUUGUUGAAGAAGGAUCUCACACAACAGCACUGGAUUAGAGUUCUUCAAAGAAAAGAGUGGGAAUAUCAGAAGGGUGACGAUGACAUCAUGCCUGCACUGAGGAUAAGCUACUACUAUCUUCCUUUUCAUCUAAAAAAGUGUUUUGAAUUUUGUGCUCUUUUCCCUGAGGAUUAUGAGUUUGAUGGUUUAGAGCUGAUUAAUAUGUGGAUGGUUCUAGGAAUGAUUGAUUCAAAUGGUACAAACACUAGUAUUGAACAAGUAGGGCUGGAAUAUCUGAACACAUUAGUGGAUAGUGGCAUCUUCAGUAAAGUUAAUAAAGAAGCAUAUUCAUACUAUUCUGUGCAUGAUUUGUUCCACGAAUUAGCAAUAUGCAUUUCAUCACAUGAAUGCAUUCGAAUAGAUUGCUCCAACGUUAGAUGUGAAGGCAUCCAAUCAGCAGUCCGUCAUAUAUCUUUCAUCACUCAAGAUAGCAACACCUACAGUGAGGGAUCAGAGUUUUAUGAAAACAUUAGGAAGGAAAUAGGUAAACUGAAACAAACAGUAGAUGUUGGAAAUUUACGUACUUUGUUGUUUAUUGGAAAAUUUAAUGCUGUCUUUGAUAAAAUUUUUGAAGACAUUUCUCAAGAAUUGAGAGCACUGCGUGUUUUAAGCUUAGUUACACUACCUUCAAACUUCUUACUGCAUAGGUUUUCAAAACUCAUCCACCUUCGUUAUCUUAAAAUCCAAGUACCAUUUGAUUCAGUCAUUUCUUUGCCUAACACAGUCACAAGAUGUUAUCAUUUGGAGUUCUUGGAUCUGAAGGGGUGGGGUCCUGAUUCUAGUUUACCUAGAGACAUGAGCCAUCUUAUCAAUUUGCGUCAUCUUCUUGCUAACAAAGAUCUGCACUGCAAAAUUGCCGAGGUCGGUAAACUAAAAUUUUUACAAGAGUUGAGAAAAUUCGAAGUUAGAAAAGAUGUAACUGGAUUUGAGCUACAUGAGUUGUCAGAGCUGACAGAGCUCACAGGGUCACUAAGCAUAUGCAAUCUUGAAAAUGUCAAAACAAAGGGAGAUGCUGAUACAGCUAAACUAAUUUUGAAAGGGAACCUUGAUAAGUUGAAACUAGUCUGGAACAGUCAGUGGCCUAACAGGGAUCCAACAGUGGAAGAUGUUCUUGAGAGUCUUAGGCCACAUCCGAAUCUUAGAGAGCUUUGCAUUAAAGAUCAUGGAGGAUCAACAUGUCCAUAUUGGUUGCGUACUCAAAGAUCCAUUAAAAUGUUGAAAUCCCUCCAUCUACAUGGUAUUUCUUGGAAAACUCUUCCACCUUUUGGGCAAAUGUCAGAUCUCAUGGAGCUCAAAAUGGAGAACAUUUCUUCAAUGCAUCAGUUUGGAGGAACAGAAUUUGGACAAGUCACUGAUGGAAGCUUCCAAAAGUUAAUGGUGCUUAAGCUUGCUGAUAUGCCACAACUUGAAAAAUGGGUUGGAGCAGGUGCUCGGCAUUUGUUUCAUCAGCUUAAAAAACUUGCUAUUUCAAAUUGCCCAAAACUUAGUGAACUGCCAUUCUCACAUUGCAUUAGCUCCUCCACAGAAGAUUCUAACAUGACUUGGUUUCCCAAUUUGCGUGAGCUUGUGAUAGAGGCCUGCCCACAGUUGUCUCUACCUCCCCUUCCACAUACUUCUACAAUAGAUCUUGUUAGAGUCAAAACUACAAAUGGCUACUUCUCCUAUAAUAGGAAUGAGUUGGUGAUUGAUGCAUACAAUGGAGCUCUGGCAUUCCACAGUAUGCAUAAACUAGAAGAGCUAUAUGUUUGCAAGACCUCACUCUCAUUGACAGGUCUCCAAAAUCUAACUUCCUUGAGGAAAUUGGAUAUAAAGUGUUGUGGCAGUGUGCUAUGUGAUUCUUAUCUGAGCGGAGCUAUUUCCGUUCCUGUUAAAUCACUCAUGAUUUAUGACUGUUCUAUCACAGGAAAAGAACUGUCAAAGCUUCUUAACUGUCUCACCGAUCUUUCCUACUUGGAGAUAUCUGAUUGUCCAAAUAUAACAAGAUUGUGCAACACAAAUGAUAUGGACAAGGAGGAUGGGAAUGAAGAAGGAUUGCUCUUAUUCCCGCCUCAUCUUUCCAUCUCACUGCGCAAGUUAGAGAUCUGCAACUGCAGGAAGUUGUUUCUGGAUCCAAAGGGUGGAGGACUAAGGCACCUCACAUCCCUUGAAUCCUUACAAAUGCAGGGAUGCGACAGCUUAUUGUCAUGGUGGUUUGUGGAAGAAGCAACUUUCCAGUGUCCUUUUCCUAUAUUCCUCAAAGACCUCGUUCUUAGAAAUGUACAGAGCUUGAAGACAAUGGCUAUGCUCUCAAAUCUCAGAUGCCUUACCCAUCUGGAAAUAGUUGACUGUGAUAAUUUGAAUGUUGAUGGGUUUGAUCCUCUCAUCACUCAAUGCCUCACUAAACUAGUUGUUGUCAACCGUCAUGAUGAGUAUUCGAAAGUAACAGCUGAGCUGAUCUCAGGAGUAGCAAGGACAAAGUUGAAUGGUUCAUUCAAAUUGGAAGACCUGAGAAUUGACAACAUUUCUGAACUUCUUGUCUAUCCCAUUUGUGACCACCUCUCUAUCAACCUCCACACAUUAUGUUUUCAAUAUGAUAACAGGAUGCAAAGGUUCACAGAAGAGCAAGAGCAAGCACUUCAGCUACUUACCAACAUCCAAAAUCUCUAUUUUAAGAGCUGCCGGAGUCUGCAGUCCCUGCCUGCAGGGUUAUAUCGCCUUUAUUCCCUUAAGUGUCUAAUAUCAAGGAAGUUACUGGUGGUGUUUGGGUUGCAAGCGAGAAAUAGUGUGGUGGAAUUGGUGAUAGCCAAGGAAGUGAAGAGAAAUGGAAGGUUAUAUUGGUUGGACUUCCCUUUAGGUAUAGUGUCACGGCUGUGUCUAGAGCAGGAGUGA